AUGUCCAAGGUGCUAGCCCUGGGGACGGGGGCCCCCGGCACAGACAGCAACAGCGACCCCGACAUGAUGUCGUUUGGCGGCACCAUCACCCUCGCCUCGUACCAAUCCUCCUUCGGCUACCAGGAAAGCAGCUCCUCCAAGGUCACGCAGGUCAGCUCCCUAGCGGUCGGGUUGCAGCAAUGCGGCUCCUUCAUCGGCUGUUUCGCCAUCUUCCCGCUGGCCUCCCGCCUCGGCCGGCGGCUGUCGAUGCAGCUAUCGGCUGCCGUGUUCGUCGUGGGGGCGGUCGUGCAGACCGCGAGCACGCACCACCUGUCGAGCUUCUACGUCGGCCGCAUCGUCGCCGGCCUGGGCGUCGGCGGCACCUCCGUCCUGGUGCCGCUCUACGCCUCCGAGAUGUCGCCCAAGAAGCUCCGCGGGAGGAUCGGUAGCGGGUACCAGUUUCUUUUCACCUGGGGCAUCUUUGCCAGCUAUUGGGCAAACUACGGCGUAAGCAAAGGCAUCGACGCCACAUCGGACAAACAAUGGCAGAUCCCCAUCUCGAUGCAGAUCAUACCCGGCGCCCUCCUAGGCCUGGGGAUGAUGACGAUUCCGGAGAGCGCACGCUGGCUAGCCCAGCGCAACCGCUGGGACGAGGCAUGGGAGUCGCUCAAGUGGAUCCGCGCCUCGGAGGGGCCGGACGUGCGGGACGAGAUGGACGAGAUCCGGGAGGCCGUUGAGGCUGAGCAGCGGGUUACGCGCGGGUCGCUCAGGGUCGAGCUGCGGCGCAAGGUCACCGUCUUCCGACUGCUGCUGUCCUUUACCGUCAUGAUGUGCCAGGUGUGCACGGGAGCCAAUGCGUUGGCUUACUUCUCGCCUCAGUUCUUCACGCUGGUUGUCGGGGAAGGGACCGAGGCCUUGCUCAUCUCUGGUGUCUUUGGAGCCGUCAAGAUUAUCUCCUGUGGCGCCUUCGUGUUCUUCCUUUCUGAGAGACUCGGACGGAGGCUUGCUUUUUGCGGCGGGGCGAUAUUCAUGUCAGUCUGCUUGUUUUGCGUUGCCAUAGUCGUGAAAGUGAAGCCUCCCCCAGGUGGUGGUGUCGUUGACGGUGCAGGUAUCGCCGUCGUUGCGUUAAUCUACCUGGCCAUCAUAGCCUACAACAUGUCCUGGGGUCCUCUGGGCUGGAUCUAUAUCGCCGAGGUUCUCUCUCCCCAGACAAGGGAUCUUGGAGUUGCCAUCGCCCUGGGAACUCAGUGGAUCUUUAACAUCAUCUGGUCGGUCGCAACACCGUACAUGAUUACCAACAUCGGAUGGGCCACGUUCCUAUUUUUUGCGGCAAUCAACGCCUUCAGCGCUGUCUUUUCUUGGUUCUUCGUCAAGGAGACGAUGGGCAAAUCCCUGGAGCAGAUGGAGAGGGAAUUCAAUUCCGAAGCGGCCGACAUGUCGUCUCGGACGCAUGGAGGGGGUUACGAACUGAAGGAAGGGUCCGAACAUGCAGAGCGGGUUUAA